CCGCUCAUCAUCUGUUUCACAGCGCGCGAGCUCUCCUGCCAUAUUUAUGCAAAGCAGAACACGAGUUACGAGAGAGUUAAGGCCGAAACGACUAGGCUUUAGUUCCCGAUUUCAUUCUCGGAGGCGAAAAGAAGGCAUCUCGGUCAUGUUCGCGGCCGUGGAUCAGAGCUGCGAUAUGAAUCAUAUGACUGCAACAAUUCACAAACUUCCUGUUCGAGCACAACAGAGCGAAAGCGGGAUCGAGUGCCCUGUCAGAGCAAAAGCAACGACAAAAGCGUCUUGCUGGAGACAAUGUACAUAAGCUGCAGGGAAUGGAGGAGCUGAUGGGAGACAGGAGAGUUGAGGAUGAGAGGAGUUUGAUAAAGACGCCGUCCGAUGUCCAGGCCAGGAACCAAGAUCAUGACUCAUCCACAUCCACGCGUCAGAUCCCGUCUGUCCAGCACGGCUCUCCACGUUUCGUCUACACCCUGGCGUUUUUCUCGGCUCUGGGUGGAUUUCUGUUUGGCUACGAUACAGGAGUGGUGUCUGGAGCUAUGCUCCUGCUCAAGAGGGAGAUGAACCUCAGCUCUCUGUGGCAGGAGCUUCUGGUGUCCAUCACCGUCGGUGCUGCUGCUGUUUCUUCUCUGGCUGGAGGGUAUCUGAACGGACUCUUCGGCCGGAGAGUCUGCAUACUGCUCGCCAGCUUCAUCUUCUUGGUUGGAGGGAUCAUCCUGAGCGUCGCGCCCAACAAAGAAGUUCUUCUGUGUGGGAGGCUGACGAUCGGGCUUGGGAUCGGAAUUGCGUCUAUGACCGUGCCCGUCUACAUUGCUGAGGUUUCUCCUUCUCAACUCCGAGGUCAGCUGGUCACCAUUAACACUCUGUUCAUCACCGGCGGGCAGUUCAUAGCUAGUGUGGUGGACGGGGCCUUCAGCUAUCUGCCCCAUGAUGGCUGGAGGUAUAUGUUGGGUUUGUCAGUUGUUCCCGCUGUGCUGCAGUUCGUGGGCUUCCUCUUCCUCCCGGAGAGCCCUCGCUGGCUCCUGCAGAAAGGAGACGCCCAGAAUGCCCGGCUGGUGCUCAGUCGAAUCCGUGGCGGUGUAAACGUGGAUGAAGAGUACGAAAGCAUACGGAGCGGCAUUGAGGAGGAGGAGAUCGACGCUGGAGGGGGUCCAGUGUUGUGGCGUAUCCUGACGUUCGCUCCAGCACGUCGCGCUCUGAUCGUGGGUUGUGGCCUGCAGACGUUCCAGCAGCUCUCGGGAAUCAACACGGUCAUGUACUACAGCGCCACCAUACUGCAGAUGUCUGGAGUGCAGGAUGAUCGGACGGCCAUCUGGCUGGCUGCUGCCACGGCCUUCACCAACUUCCUGUUUACUCUAGUGGGCGUGUGGCUCGUAGAGAGGGUGGGCCGCAGGAAGCUGACUCUGGGCAGCAUACUAGGUACUGCUGCAAGCCUGACGAUUCUCGCCGCGGGUUUCCUGCUCUCGGCUCAGGCCUCUCCACCCGUGACCUUUCACCCCAAUGACCCCUCUCUCCAUAACUCCACCUGCGUUGCGUAUGGGUUCUGUGAACCCUGCAUGUUGAAUCCAGAUUGCGGUUUCUGUUACGGUAAGAACGGCACAGCCGUGGUUGAGUCUUCAUGCCUGCCUGUGGACGCGGCCAACACUGAAGCAGCGGCAGCGGGCAGGUGUACCAAUGGCACACAGGAGAGUGCGGGUGUAUUCUGGGCCUAUAACUACUGCCCAACAUCUUACUCCUGGAUUGUCCUUCUGGGUCUCGUCCUGUAUCUGGCUUUCUUUGCUCCAGGUAUGGGUCCUAUGCCGUGGACGGUGAACUCUGAGAUCUAUCCGCUGUGGGCUCGGAGCACAGGGAACGCCUGCUCUUCCGGGGUCAACUGGAUCUGUAACGUCCUUGUGUCUCUGACCUUCCUCCAUGUGGCCCACUACCUGACAUACUACGGUGCAUUCUUCCUGUACUCCGGCCUGGCUCUGCUGGGCUUUGCGUUCGUGGUGGGCUGUCUGCCGGAGACCAAGGGUCUGCGUCUGGAGGAGAUCGAGUCUCUGUUCGAGAGACGGCUGUGCAGCUGUGGAGCCGGCGGCGGUCAGGGCGUUCAUUACAUCCGGGUAAAGGGAGGAAACCACCGCUCUGAUGAAGACGCUACUGAUGACGAAUAGACACGGAUGAAGAUGAUUCGCGGCGUGAGGGACGCUGUGGUUCCCAUUCCAGAGAUUCAGCGUUCUGGUUGACUCGAAAUUUGUCAAUUUAACUACACCGAUGCUCGAUAAGCAUCAUCUGAUAUUUGCACAUGUACAGAUUAUACAUCCAUUGUUGCAGGCUUCACUUAAGUGAAGGCUGCCCAGAAGUGAGAUUGUUAGCCGAAUAAGUGCUCUGGAGUGCGACCCACGGGCUAUGUCUUUCUGAGACUCUUAUACUAAUCUUGGAAUGGAUAUUUUUACACAAAAGUGGAAAUAACGUCAUCAUUCGCACUCCUUAAAGGCCAUCUUUUUUUCUUAAAGGCCCUUAUGCUCAAGGAGUAAAUAACCCACAAAUAUUUAAUGGACAGUUUACCCCCAAAAAUGGAAAUACCAAAAGAAUAAUUAAAGAUGCUUUGAACGGUUUUUGUCUUGUGUUUUCCAAAUAAGAAAGAGAGUAAUAGGGACGGACGUGAGCCUGAGUAAAUGAUGACAGACGUUUCAUUUUUGACAAAUUCACAUCUUUCGUUUUUUCCACGCGGUGGCAGUUUAAUGAUUAGAACCGAUAUACUGAUGCAUAUGCAUGUAAAUAUAUACAGUAUGUGUGUCUCUUUAUGUAUACAUAAUAAAUAUAGCCUACACAGUACACGUACAUAUAUUACAUAAAGAGAAGCUUUUAUUUUGGAUGCAAUUAAGCGUUCGACACGGCUACAAAUAACGGCUGAACCGCGGUGGUGGUCUGACGACGUUGUCUUCGUUAAAUGAAGCUGGCGGUGUUUGAUCUUUUUGGGUUUUUUUAGCCUCGUUUGGAGUUGGGGGCUCUGCGUUGCGCCACUCCGGAACCAGAAAGCACAAUUUCCUACAUAUCAUUGCGGUGAAGAUGACCGUGAGCGCGGACUCGAAGAUCCGUUCAUAAUCAAACUGGAGGAUGAUAAAUGUAGCUUUCUUUCUUGUAAUAAACUCGAAACGUGUUUCGGGACCUUUAGGGAGCAUGUUUUACAAACGUUCGGUCUUUCUGCUUAAUAAUGUGCUUUCAGACAACGAAUCAUAUCCAAAAUAAAAGUUUUUUUGUUCCGUGUAUAAAUACACGUUCAGUGUACGGUUAGAAAAUACUUCUAGUGUUCUCAAUAUUAAACCAAAGACGCGAUACUGAAGCGGUUUUAGCCGCAUUUUAAUGUUUGGCUAUUGUCCCUGAGAAGACUCUACCGAGCUGAAGUCGUUCCUAAGCUGGCCGCGUCGGUCUCGGGUGGACUUUUGGUGGUCUCGGCUCCGUCAGGCUGAAACCUGUUCAGUCCUGUCCCGAUCUGACCCUCUUUGACCUCUGUUACCCCUCAUUUAGCCACCAGCCUCCGUUUCGGGAACUUCGCUUGCUAAAUAUUGUGUGAAUGUUGCUAUUUUCACAUCACUGAACGCAGGAAAACACGUGAGAGGCUCAUUUUUUAAUGGCAAAUGUUCAUUAGAAUGUAUAAUAAGAUUCACUUUACUUAUGUAUAUUUACAUUUUAUAUAUAUAUAUGUAUAUAUUGGGUGCAAUUAAUCAUUCAUUUAAUACACAGCACUACUCUUA